ACACAGCAGAACACAUAUUCAUCAAUAAAAACCACUCAACACAAAACAUGUUUAGCGAUAAUUUGCUCUACUCUUCUUUUGGUAAGAUCAGCCGAACAUAUAUGGAUCUGUCGGAUGAAGAUCUCGGCCAGGAAGAUGAAAGCGAGUCUCAGUUAUUGCAAGUGAAGAUGUCAAGGACAUCCAUGCUCAUACUGGACUACAAGCAGUUCAUCGCAGCCCGUCGCAUUCAGUCCCUCUGGCGUGGUUAUCGAAUACGAAAAAUGCACCAUCUGCGCUGGCAUGCAGCCAUCACCAUUCAGCGGUGGUGGCGCGGCUUUCGGGUUCGCAGCCGCAUGGCAAUGGACAUCGAGAAGCGCCUUCAAGACACCCUUGUCGAGCACUACCAUCGGUCGGCUAUCAAGAUCCAGUCUCUUUUCCGGGGCUGGUCUAUCAGGAACACCGUGCAUGACGCGAACAUUCUGCGCCGGAUGCAGAUCAGGGCCGUCGAGGACCUGCUACACUGCUUGGCCUUCCAGCUGCACCACCUAAAACAUACGCACGAGAUACCGGGUGUCUACUCGAUGCGCCAGUCCGACUGCCUGUCGCAAGUAGAGAUGAUAAUGGGGAGCAUGGUGUUCCGCUUCUAUAACGGAAGCGUGCGCGGUUUGCUGGCAAGACGCACAGCCCAGGUUGAGGAGCGACGCCGGAUGUUCCAGAAAUCGGAAUACAUGACUGCCAUCCCCUAUGACGGACCCAAUUUCGAUUUGGCGUGCACUUCGCAUUACGAGCACUCGCUGCCAGCUAAAGCGAACAUGGACAAUCGCAUGUUCAAGAUCACUAAUGAGUACGAGAAGUCCCUGGUAGAUCCGACUGUGCACGAAAUCCAGCAGAAUCAAGCCAAGCGCAAACGUGAAAUGUUCCUGGAUCAGGUUCGAGCUCAACAGAUGGCAAAGAAGCAGAGCUUUUGCGAAUAUGUCAUCCAGAGUAUGCGCAAAUGGAAGGUCUGGGAUGGAGAAGAAAUCGUCCUCAGAAACGACAUAUUUCGAGAUGCGGAAAAUCUGAAGAAAUUUUUUAACGAUGCGGGUUACCUUCUGGAAAAUUUUAUAACAUGUCACUGUAAGCUGGACGCUUUACCUGAGGGCCAGUGUAAUCCACAAUUGGUAACCCCUAUCGAAUAAAUUAUGAGUAGCCAUUGUAGGAAUUCUUUAAGUAUUCCCGUCAAGCA